AUGAAGUCCCUUCACCGCAAUGGCGCGCUCCGGCUCGCCGUCUUGUUCCAAGCUCUUGUUCCAAGUUUGGUGUCGGCUCAGGACCAGGCCGACUGUCAACCAUACCGAUGGAAUUCCAGCGGGCUCAAAAUGCUCCAGGACCCCGCCGACCCGUUGCCUACCCAGGGAACCCCCAUCCCAGUCACCAUGGCGCAGCGGUACAGCAUCUCCAACGACGUGCUCUUCAAUCUGAACCCAAGCCUCGCACGCGACUGCAGCAACGUGCAGCCGGGAACGGACUACUGCGUCAGGGGCUUUAUCGAGCCGGUCAGAGCCUUCGACGGCCAGUGCGGCCCUCCUAACAACAAUGCCACCUGCUUGGGCACCGACAAGCAGUGCUGCAACUCGCAGACAUGGACCUGCGGCGACUCGACGGUCGACUGCGCUCCUGGUACGUGCUACGAAGGCGCCUGCGACGGCGAUCUCAUCUACAGCACCGAUGGCACAUGCGGCCAGGACCACGGCCUCCGCUCCAUUGGCGGCCAGUGCGGCACGGGGCCUGCGUACUGUGGCCUGUUCACGUGCCAGGAAGGCGACUGCGACAUCUGGAAGGAGGACCAACAGCCCGAAGGCACCCCGUGGACCCCCGACGGCACCUGCGGCGGCGCCGAGGGCUACCGGUGCUCGCCCGAGUGGGGGCGGUGCUGCAAUGUCAACGGCAUCUGCGGCGAGAACCCGGCCGACUGCUAUCUCGAGCGUGGGUGCCAGUCCGCGUUCGGAAUCUGCGCCUCCAACUCCGCCACCGACCCCGGCAGCAGCUCCAUCCCCAUCAGCUCCACCAGCCCCACCCCGACCCCCACCCCCACCAGCCCCGGGGGGCCAGCCUUCGUCCCAGGCUGCUUCCGCGAGCCCGACGGCACCCGCGCGCUGGCGGACCAAGUGGCCGACGACAACAUGACGAUCGAGCAGUGCCUGACCGCAGCGGCGGGCCGCACCUUCGCGGGCGCCGAGUACGGGCGCGAGUGCUGGAUGGGCAACUCCCUGCGCGGCGCCCUGACCCAAGUCGACGAUAGCAACUGCCAGAUGCUCUGCGGCGGCAACGCCCUCCAAUACUGCGGCUCGGGCAACCACCUGGUGCUGUACUCGACCGGCGGGGCGCAGCCCGUGCCGCCGUCCCACCCGCCCACCGUCAGCGGCUUCAACUUCGUCGGGUGCAUGACCGAGCCGCCAGCGGGGCGCGCCUUGGACGCCAGCAUGCUGCCCGACGACAAUAUGACGCUCGAAAUGUGCGCCACCCACUGCGCGGCGUACAACUACUUUGGCGUUGAGUUCGGCCGUGAAUGCUACUGCGGAAAUGCUAUCAAUCAAGGAUCGGUGGCGGCGCCGUUGACCGACUGCAACAUGCCCUGUCCUGCCAACCGUUUCCAGUGGUGUGGCGCGGGUAACCGGCUCUCUGUCUAUGCUAAACCGUAAUUAGGGGUUCUAUAAAGAUUACUUGAUAAUCUAACUCCAAACCUAUAUAUUAAGGUAACCACAAUAGUGAUGACUAAGCG